GCUAUGUUGAGGUGUUCUUCCACUUCUGAAUAAAACCACUAACCUAUAUGGCUGUACCUUAUGGUUAACAGACCAAAAUAGGAGCAAAGAACGUAAAAGUUGGAUACUGAUAACUUAUAAUGGCCUCUGUGAAAGAUCCAUUAACGAAGGAGCUGGAGGAGGAACUAAAACUGAACACCGAUGAUCUCCGUAGCCAUGCCUGGUUCCAUGGUCCUAUCCCACGACAGGAAGCAGAGGCACUAAUCAAGAGAGAUGGAGAUUUCCUCAUCCGAGAGUCUCGUUCCAGUCCAGGAGACUAUGUACUGAGCUGCACCUGGAAACACGAGCCUCUCCAUUUCAAGAUCAUCCGUGUGGUCCUACGACGUAAGGAGACCUACACCCGAGUACUGUACCAGUUUGAACAGGAGAGCUUUGAUAACCUCCCAGCACUGGUGCGAUUCUACGUGGGGAACCGCAGGCCAAUUUCAGAGAAAAGUGGAGCAAUAAUCUUUCAUCCAUUAAACCGCACUGUACCCUUGAGGUGCAUAGAGGAAAAAUAUCGAGAAGCAUUGGGUGAAAGAUCACAACAUGGACAACAGGCAGCCAAAGGCACUGACCAAAAUAAAAGAUUCAGCUUAAAUCUAUCCGAAGGAGUAUCUUUGGAUCAGCUUGCAGUGGAUGGCAAUCUUUUGAGGAAUAAGGACAAGAGUGGCAGCCAUCCAAAUAUUCUAGAUUGGAAUGACAAAAAACCAUUGCAAUCUGCCCAGUCUGACAGCUACCUUUCUGGAGGACCCAGGGACAUCAUUCAAGCAAAUGGAACACAGAAAGUAAUUCGUUCAUCAUCUGUAAUGUAUAGAGCAGGGAGUGACCCAUUAAUAAACCCCAAAGUGGGCCUAAGACGCCUUGGUUCCCAGUCUAGUAUUGGGACAAGAGGUUCUGAAGGACAGUUACACUCGAAGGCACCUCCAAAACCACUCAGAGUUCCGUCUAUCAUGCUUCCAGACCCUCCACCAGAUCCACCCUUAGAUGGAAGUGUCUACUGUGAGCUAGUGCCACACGUUCUAAAGACCAGUCAGAACCCCUCACCACCAAAGACUCACGUGGAGAGGUUACGAGCUGCAGAACGAUCGAAGAUCAGAACCCGUACGACGGACACCAAUUUUUGCCUCCUGGAUUUAGAUAUGAACUCAAUUUCCGUGAAGACCUGCCAGGAAGAAGCUGUGGAGGAUGAUGAUUGGUCAUUCACUCAGCCACAGUUGGAGACUACGAGCUCAUUUAAACCUGACACCUUUGCUUCAAUCCUACUUCCGUGUGACAACAGAUCUCUAGAUCCGUCUGUCCUUAAGCGGCUCAAAGAAAUAUUUUAUGAAAAUGAUGCAAAGACUAUAGCACAGCAUAUUUUGAAAGAGGACUGUCAGGUUGCUCGCAUCGUCAGUGUGUCCCCAGAACAGAAGAGAAUGAUGGGAGUGAGCUCAGGACUAGAUCUGAUUACAUUACCCCAUGGGCAUCAGCUGAGGAUGGACCUCCUAGACAGACAUCACUUAAUAGCUUUGGGAAUCGCAGUGGACAUCUUGGGUUGUACAGGAAGUGUUGGACAAAGAUCUGCAGUACUUCAUAAAAUUAUCCAACUUGCAGUUGAGCUAAAAGAUUCCAUGGGGGACCUUUUUGCACUGUCAGCAGUGAUGAAAGCAUUGGAGCUGCCUCAGAUUGUGCGCCUAGAGCACACGUGGAGGACUCUGCGCAGAAAUUACACAGAUAGUGCCAUCAGGUUCGAGAAGGAACUCAAACCAUUCACCAAAUCUUUGAAUGAGGGAAAAGCUGAGUUUCCUCUGCAAAAUACCACCAUUCCACACAUAUUGCCCAUCAUCAGGCUAAUGGAGACACAAUCUGUGUCUGACUUUAUGGAAACUUGGGAUAACAUCGACUCGGAUUGUGGAUUGGUAUUAAAGACACUGGAAGCAGCUCGUGUUGUGACAGUGAACACUGCAAUGUACAGAGCCAAUGCCGAAGCCAAACUGAAAGAUUUUCAAGCUAAAGAAGAAUUGUUGGAGGCCUUCAAGACAGAAUUUGCCCUGAGAUUGUUCUGGGGUGCCAAUGCAACUGCAAUUGCUCGCAAAGAGAGAUAUGAGAAAUUUGAUAAAAUUCUAAGUGCCUUGUCACGGAAACUGGAGCCUCUGGGCCCUUCGGAGCUUUAGACAAACAGGGCAGACACUUGAGGCCAAUUAGAAAAUGUAAAAUAGGUGAAGAUCUAAUGGUCAUGAACUCGUGAUCUAACAAAGUGCAUAUAGUAAGUCAAUGAUCAAUGUUACAUGCACCAUGUGGGAAAUGUCUUGUUCUUCAGUGCAUGGAUCUCCUUCAAUGUGGAAAUUGUUGCUUUCUGACUAUGGAAACGUUGCUUCUCUAACCUCAACAGCAAGUUCCAAAUCCACAGCCUCUGGCACUAAGGAAAACAAGACCAGCAGUUGCAUGGGAUCACCUGAACCCCCCAAGUCACACACCGGAUGUAUAUUUGUAAAUACAAUCUGAAUAUAUAUAUAUAUAUAUAUCUGAAGUUCCUUCAUUGUCACUGAGUCAAAAUCCAGCAAAUCCCUAUUUUAGUAACACUCUGGGAGCACCUUAUGUACAUGGAUUGUAGCAGUUCAAGAAGUUGGCUCAUUAUCACCUUGUAAACAGCAAUUAGAGAUGGACAAUAAAUGCUGGCUUUGCCAGCAGCAACCACAUCAGAAGAAUUACUUGUGUCUUAAAUCCACUCUGAUUCUAUGCCUGUGGAGAGAUAGUUGGUGUUAUAAUGUCAUUCGGUACCUAUGGGGGAUAAAUUCUGUCAAUUUUACCAAAACAUGGUGUAAAUUUUAUGGUGAUGGAAUCAAAGGAAUCUCAGCAUAGGAGUUCCUUUAUACUGGUGGCAGUUAGCUAUUUUAAAUAACAAACCAUCCUGGAAUGGAAUAAAGUGAAUAGUCUCCUGUUGACAGUAAAACAUUUCACCCACUUGUUUCCUGUGUGAAGCAUCAGAUCAUGCCAUAGUGUGUAGUCAAGCUGAGCUACCGCUCUAUUUUGCAAAGGCACUUAAGUGAUAAUGAUGCCUCGCUGAAAAGGUUGCUUCAUUUUCUCCCUACUCUGACUCUUACCCCAAGAUUAUCUACAUUUAAAAUGUCACACUGUGGAUCUUCCUAAAUACUUCAAAAAUAAGCAUAAAAUUGAUACAUCAUUCAGAGGCUGCCAAUUUCAGAGGUUUUAGAAGCCAGCAGAUGGCCAUCAUACCACCAUCCAAUCAGGCUCUACCUUCAUCUGAUAUCAGCCUCUCACUAAAUGCAUUCGCAGUUGCAAUGUGCAUUAGAGACACAAGAGGCUGCAGAUGCUGGAAUCUGGAGCAAAAAACUACUGCUGGAGGAACUUAGCCAGUCAGGCAGCAUCUGUAGAGAGAAAUGGAGAGUCAGUGUUUCAGUUGGGACCCUUCAUCUGACUGCUGUGCAUUAGAUUGGUCUUAAUCGUUAUAACAAAUGCACUGCGAGUUUAAGCUAGUGCGUCAGUCAGUUGGCAGGAGGAAGCUGGCAUGAACUUGAAAAAUGAAACUUUGAGCUUUUAGGUUUCUGGCCUGAUUUGAUGUCUAUUUUCAGUCUGCUUCUCACUU